AUGGCGAUUAUCUCGCCGAAACGUGCCAAGGAGGACAAAACGGAAACCAUGACGCGAAGCUGGACAGCGAAACCGAUUUUAAGCUCGGAGUUCACGAACGAUCCACCUCUGGAAGACAUCUACGUGGGUCUACUCCGACAGAAGAAGGAUAUUUCGACAGCUAUUCAGACUAUAUCGUCUAUCUUGCCAGGACUUAGUCAUCUGAAACGUUGCUCCUCGAAUAAACUUCUAUUGGCACCUCUGAAAUCUUUAGAUCUCCUAGCAAAAUCGGAAGAAUCGUCAUCAGAAGAACGUACUUUGACCCAAGACGAGCUAAAGGCCGUGUUAAAGAACAGAGAGUUUGAUCUAACUUUAUUGGAGGAUGAUUUCCAAAUAAUAAAGAUACCAAGUAUACCCGCAAAAACAAAAGCUCAGGCAGCGCUAGCCUCGAAAAUAUGGCCAUUAAAUUUCCACCCAGAUCCUAACAUCGAAAGACUCAUCGACGGUUCGAUUUUCACAGAGCACCAGUUGGAACAAAUCGAAAGAUACAUGAAAGUCGCAGUGGAAGCGGCCAGGUUAGAAGCUAUUGGUACAAAGAACUGUAACGGUAGUGCAGUAAUCGUCGAUCCGGAAGACGGAAGAAUCCUGGCAAUAUCCGCGUCGAGAAUCAAUCAACACCCGAUGUGGCACGCAGCUAUGCUGGCGGUGGACCUUGUCGCUAAACUCCAGGGUGGUGGUGCUUGGAAGUUGGACGAGAAACUCGAGAAAAAUCUAACCGAAUCAGAAGCUUCAAAUCCCACCGAUAAAAGGGGCAACGAAUACUAUGCAGCGAGAGAAAAAAGGAUCAAAAGAAUAUAUAUCGAGCAAGCACCUCUUUGUUAUCCAGAAUCAUUGUCCACUAUUCGUUUACCAAAAGAAGAGCCUCUGAAGUCGACCGUCGUUCAACGAGGAAGAAGAAACAAUGUCUCCAAAACGAUAUACUUAGAGGAAUCGGAAAAGACCGGGGAGGAUAUCGAGAAAUGCGGACCUUAUCUCUGCACAGGAUACUGGACCUUUCUGCUCAGAGAACCUUGUCCCCUCUGUGCGAUGGCUCUAGUGCACUCAAGAGUAUCGAGGAUAUUUUACGGCGUAUCGAAUGAAUAUACGGGAAUAUUAGGUUCCAGGGCUGUUUUACACGCUGUGCCAGGGUUGAAUCAUCGUUACCAAGUUUGGAGCGACGUCCUGGAAGAAGAAUGCAGACAAGCAUUCGAUGAAAUCCAGCAUAGAAACGUGGAUUGACUU